ACAACUCAGUCAUUCAGCACAUUUCCACACACAGCCUCUUUUACUCUUCCUUCGCUCUUUCAGGCUCAGGCAGCUCUUCCCUCGUUCCAGCAACACAGCAUUGUUGAAAAGCAUUCAUCAACAUACAUACCCUGCGCCUAUACUCCAGUCUUUUAUACACACACACACACAUACACGAAGAAAAACAACAAAAAAUAAACCCGUCAAGAUGCGCACCUCGCUCUUUCUCACAGUCGUUGCCCUUACUGGCUUCACUGCGGCAACACCUUUGCGCCGCCUACCAAUGCCCGCCACUGGAGGCUUCGUGACUCCUCGAGUUCCCACUGCCCAGGGGGACGUCGCCUCAGCCUGCAAUAAAGCCACCCUCAAGCUGCCUGCAUCUGGCCUCGCCGCACCAUCUGGAAACCCCGUCCUUGUCGCCUUGGGCGUAGGAUUUCAAAACUACACCUGCGCUGAUGCCAGCUCGGCUCCCACCUCCAUCGGUGCCGUAGCCCAGCUCUUCGACGACACCUGCAACGUAGCUGCCCAUCCCGCCAUCGCCACUAGUGAUCUUCCUGCUUUCGCCCGCAUAGGCUCCCAUUUCUUCCGUGACACCACGACCCCCGAUUUUGAUGUUGCGUCGCUCGGUAACACGAUCCUAAAGAAGGCACAGGAGGUUGAUGCGCCCAACCCGGCUAGCGAUGUCAAGUGGCUUAGACUUACCGCUCAGGCUGGAUCAACGAGCACCGUUAAAGAAAUCUACCGUGUGCAGACUGUUGGUGGAAUUGCGCCUGCUACUUGUGCAGGUAAGGCGGCCGGCGAGGUUAUCACUGUGCCGUAUAAGGCUCAAUACUGGUUUUACGAGUAAGAACGGUACGACUAGGGACUAGAGACGUCAGGUCCCAAUUCGAGGUUCAGAUGGGUGGGAGAUGAAGAGAAGGUGCUGCUGUCCAGUGAUUUACCCUUGUAUUCAUUUUCUUUCUUACUUUCCUUGAACGCUAUCUUUAUUUAGGUUCAGCUUUUUCUUGUACGAGUAUAAAGUAGCAGCAUAUACAGACCAAAUUAGAAAACCAAGGUUUCUUUGGCCAUUACACAUGUCCUAAAUCUACCCUAUAUAUUAAA